UGGAGGAAAGUGCAGUUUGUAAUCACUGCUGCUUCUCUGUUUCGGCUAUCCUGAUUGGCCAGUGGCUCUAAAUAUAAUUUCCGGGUCAGCAGCUACAGGUUGCUAAGAAGUUGGUGCAGAUGACACGUCAGCCUGGCUGGAAAACAAGCACAAACUGCGACACCUGCUUAUAAAGCACAAUGUCAUAAACCUCCGCGCUGCAUUUAAACGCGCACUGCCGACUGUAGUUACUGCAUUACAGUCGCGAAGGUUCACUGAAGAAGAAGACUGCAGCUGUAGCAUCACGCAUGCUGAGAUUGAGAGCGAGUCCAGCAUCUCUCAGCCUGGACUCAUCCGACACGACCCACACAAGAUGAUCAGCCCAGCAGCGCGGCGUUAUCGUGGAUGAGAGAGAGAGAGAGAGAGAGAGAGCUUACCGGACUAAAGCUUUUGUCUUCCGCAUCCUCCUGGACAUGUCGUCCCCGUCGCCGGUGCAGAUCAGAGAGGCGAACGCGCACCUGGCAGCGCUGCACAGGCGGGUCUCAGACCUGGAGCAGAGGCUGGAGGACGCGGAGAAAACCGUGCGGGAGCAGGCCGAGAGUCUCAUCCGCAAAGACGAGCAACUGAGAGCUGCCACGCGAGAAAUCACGGAGGCCAAGGACAAAGAGAUUUUCUUCCUCCAUGAGAAGCUUUGUCAAUCAGAGGAAUCCAUCCAUAAACUCAACCAAACGAUUAAGGAAAAAGAUUCUCUAAUCGGACAGUUACAACACCGAUGUCAGUUGCUGGACAGCAUUUGCAAAAGCCGUCCAUUUCUGGACAGCAUGCUGGCCCAGAUGGCCGAGGCAGAGAGAACGGGGAAGCCCACGACCAACAGCUCUUUCACGGACGGAGAGUCCAACUGCAGCCCCAGCCGCCUCUCCAACCACAAAGACUUCUCCCUCAGCGAGGACGACUCAGACGAUCAGGAAUUAGAUGGGGUUGUGUUUGGGACCACAGUAUGAGCGUCUCAAUUCAACUGCUCCUCAUCUCAGGUUUAGCAGCCUGUGUGCUUUGAUAGUUACAAUUGAUUCGAUGUCUGGUUAAAAUAUCCAUUGUAUCAUAAUGCAGGUUAAUGGAGUGUGAAUGGGAUUCUACUGUAAAGAGAGAAUGCCUGGUCAAUUCUGGCUAAAUCUAUGCGCAAAUUGAUGCAAGUAUGCCACGUAUCUUAUACAGGUGCUUCUCAAUAAAUUAGAAUGUCAUGGAAAAGUUCAUUUAUUUCAGUAAUU